UUUCUGAAUUCUCCGAGUGUUCCUCCCUGUCCAACUCCGCCCUCCCAUCCGUGUCCAGUUCUCUCUCUGUUCGUCUCAGUAGGACGCUGAGUCGGGCUUAUCUCACAGUAUAAACCUGUUGCACACUCAGCAACUGACUCUGGCUGCAUAAAACGUAUAGUGUGCUGUCAGUUCCAAUCUCUUGACUUUUACCACAAUGGGGUUGAAACGACGAGGAUGGCUCGUUUGGAUAACCCUUCUCGCGCUUGUUGUCACUGUGAAUUGCGUGCGCUGGAGCGAGCUCUUUCAGUAUGGAGAGAACGCCGGGGACCGUCUGCUGGACCCCGGGAACGACCAGACGCAAGAGCUUCCACUGGACAAAUCAAUGUAUUUCUACGACGGAUCAUUUGACAGCGUUUAUAUCAACACCAACGGGUUCGUCGCCACGGCCGAGCCCACGGCGGAGUCGGAGUACCUGGGCAAGAUGCCCGCCACCUUCGGCAUGAUCGCGGCGCUGGUGGGCGACCUGGACACCGGCGACGGCGUGGGGAAGGUGUACUACCGCCAGGACGCCAGCCCCGCGCUCCUGCGGCGGGUCGCGGAGCACGUCGCCCGGGCGUUCCCGCAGGACGAAGAGGCGGUGCCCGCCCACGCCGUGGUGGUCACCUGGGAGAACGUUGCCCCGCACGAGGCCCCGAGCAGGGGGGACGGGCCGUCCAGGACGAGAAACACCUUCCAGCUUGUGGUGGCUUCCAUGGAGACGGCCUCCUACGCCAUUCUGCUGUAUCCGGCGGAAGGGAUGCAGUUCCUCUCCACGCCUGCGGGUGGCGCGAGUGAGCCCUGCCAGGCCGGCUUCAGCAAGGGGCUAGUGAAGGGCUGGUUCUGGAGGGCCACUCAGGGGCCGUAUUACCGCAUCACCACCCGCGACGAGGCGUCUGUCAGGAAGCUCUCGGAGGCCACAAACUCGGGGAUGCGCGGCGUGUGGGUGUACGAGAUCGGCACCUACCCCUUCUUCGCCGCGGUCGCCCCCGGUCAGGUGACCGACCUGUCUCCCGAAACCCCCCAGGGGAGGCCCCGGGGGGGCGAGAGGAGGGAGAGGGAGAGGGAGAGGGAGAGGGAGAGGGAGAGGGCGGAGGAGCAUGCCCCAAAGGUCACCAUGUACGACAGAGGGCAGCAGGUCCCCGAGUACCCCCCCUACAGGCCGGAGGAGGUCCCCGUUGAGGGACAAGACCCAGAGGAGCCGUACGCCGAACCCAUCCCGGUCCACCCGGUCCAGUACCAGCCCCAGAACCCCCAGGUGGUGGUGGUGGAUGAGGGGGAGAUUAACGUGGACGUGUUCUCCUACAACUUUGAGACGUGCGCCAACAACAGAGAGAAGUGCUCCACCUUCGCUGACUGCAGGGACUACUCCGGCGGCUACUGCUGUCACUGCAGGCCUGGUUACUACGGCAACGGCAAACACUGCGUCGCCGAAGGCAAGCCCCAGAGGAUGAACGGGAAGGUGAACGGUCGGGUGUUCGUCGGCGGCUCCUCCGCGCCGGUUCAGUUCAGCAACAACGACCUGCACUCGUACGUGGUGGCCAACGACGGCCGCGCCUACGUGGCCAUCAGCACCAUCCCCGCCGCGCUGGGCCCCUCCCUCCUCCCCCUGUCCUCCCUGGGGGGGGUCAUCGGCUGGGCCUUCGCCCUGGAGCAGCCCGGCUACCAAAACGGAUUCAGCAUCAUCGGUGGGGAGUUCACGCGGCAGGCAGAGGUGACCUUCCUGCCGGGGAACGAGAAGCUGACCAUCAAACAGGAGUUCAGGGGCAUCGACGCUCACGACCACCUGGUGGUCAGCACCGAGCUGGAGGGCCGACUGCCAGAGGUCCCGCGGGGCUCCACCGUCCAAAUCGAACCCUACACCGAGAUCUACCAGUACAGCAGCAACACGAUCACCUCGGCCUCCACGCGGGGCUACACCGUCACCCCGAGCGACGGCGGCGGCGCCCAGAGCAGGAGCUACCAGUGGCGGCAGAGCAUCGUGUUCCAGAGCUGCCCGCACGACGAGGCCAGCAGGGCGGCGCCGUCCACCCAGCAGCUGAGCGUGGACCAGAUCUUCGUCAUGUACGACCCCAGCAACCAGCUGAUCCGCUACGCCAUGAGCAACAAGAUCGGCUCCAUCCAUGGUGGGGAACCGGAACCCAAUCCCUGUUUUACCGGUCGCCAUGGCUGCGACACGAACGCGGUCUGCCGACCGGGCCAGGGGAACCAGUUCACCUGCGAGUGCGCCACCGGAUUCUCCGGGGACGGGCGGACCUGUCACGACAUCGACGAGUGCAGGGAGAGGCCGCAGGUGUGCGGGCCUCAUGCCACCUGCAACAAUCAGCCCGGAACCUUCCGCUGCGAGUGCACUGCUGGCUAUCAGUUCGCCAGCGACGGCCAGACCUGCAUAGAAGCGGACCGGCCCGUGGACCACUGCCAGGCCGGAACCCACAACUGCGACAUUCCACAGCGAGCUCGCUGCAGCUACACCGGCAGCUCCUCCUACAUAUGCUCCUGUCUGCCCGGGUUCGAGGGGGAUGGCCGCGCCUGCCGGGACAUCGAUGAGUGUCAGCCGGGGAGGUGCCACCAGGACGCGGUGUGCUACAACACUCAGGGGUCCUUCACCUGCCAGUGUCGGCCCGGUCUCCAUGGCGACGGAUUCCACUGCUCCUCAGAGCACGAGAAGACGCCCUGCGAGCGUCAGCGGGACAGCGCCCUGGCGUCCUCCUCCGUCUCCGGCCCCCGCGGCUCGCGCCCAGCCCUGGGCGCGUUCGUGCCCGCCUGCGACGCCCACGGCAACUACGAGCCCACCCAGUGCCAGAGCAGCAUCGGCCAGUGCUGGUGCGUCGACCGCAACGGGAACGAGAUCCCCGGAACCCGUGCCCGCGGCAGGAGGCCCCUGUGCAUUGAUCAGGGGGUGAUCCCACCCCCCGUUGGCCCCACCCCCAAGCCUGACGUCAGCCCGUUGCCCCCGGGAACCCACAUUCUGUUUGCCCAGAAUGGGAAAAUCGAACACAUUCCCCUCGACGGACAGACGAUGAAGAAGAGCGAGGCCAAAACCCUGCUUCACCUUCCUGAGAAGGUGGUGAUUGCCGUGGCCUACGACUGCGUGGAGAAAAUGGUGUACUGGACGGACAUCAGCGGACCGUCCAUCAGCAAGGCCAGCCUGCAGGGAGGGGACCCGAUACCUAUCAUCAGGGCAGAUCUGGAGAGCCCCGAAGGCAUUGCCAUCGACCACCUGGGCCGCACCAUGUUCUGGACCGACUCCAUGCUGGACCGGAUCGAGGUGGCCUCGCUGGACGGCACCAAGCGCCGGGUCCUGUUCGACACCGACCUGGUCAACCCCCGUCCCAUCAUCGUAGACCCCAUCAAGGGGCACCUGUACUGGGCGGACUGGAACAGGGACGCCCCUAAGAUAGAGACCUCCCACAUGGACGGGACCAACAGGAAGACACUGGUGAGGGACAACCUGGGACUGCCCAACGGCCUGACCUAUGACCCCCACACCUCCUUGCUGUGUUGGGCCGACGCAGGCACCCGUAAGGUGGAGUGCAUGUCCCCCAGCCAGAACAACCGCAGGAAGGUCGUGGAAGGAAUCCGGUACCCUUUCGGCAUCGCGUCCUUCGGGAGGAACCUCUACUACACCGACUGGAGGAGGUACGGCAGGGGGGGUCUUCUUCCCAGCAUGCCUUGCUGUUUUUGACUGCGGCUCUGUGUG